UUUAUCGUGUAUCUAUUACUUACUCCUUCUACUGCGUGAUUCAAAAUCUCUCGUACUAUAUACAUAUAUAUGUCUUUUUUUUAAUAUAAGUCUUUAAUGACAUGCGCUAUACAUCCCAUAAUAUCCCUACCUUUCUUUUUUGAAAUUUGGUAUAUGUUACACAUCUUGGAAUCGACCAAAUUUAGUUUCAGUAAGUGAUUUGUCACCGUCAGUGCACAAAGGGCAAUUGAAAGAGCAAAAUAAAAAAAAAUGGAUUUUACUUCUAACGAAGCAAUAGAGGCCAUACAGUUUUGGGAUAGGACGGUAUUGUACAUAUUGAUGGUGCAUGCUCGCGAGUUCCAACAAAACCAGAAUUCAAUCAUGGAAACGUUACGUUUGAAUUACAAAUUUUUCCAACCACAAUCAUUAAUGACUUAGGAGUGCAUCAUGUGCCAGAGGACGAAGAAACCUCUAAUAUUCCUGAUGUGGAUAUGGGUGAUAUUAUCCAUUUCGAAAAUCAAGUUAUAAAACUUUGUGCAUACAUCAAAAGCAAAUUUGUAUUCCAAACUUUUGGUAUAAAUCGCCAAUUGGGUACAUAUGGUUGUGGGUCAGUAACAAAUGGAAACUUUAAAUUAGAAGUGAGAAUAGCUUCAUUUCGAAACACUUUAACUUGCCAAAAAUGUGAUGCUGUUCAAUUAACCGGAAAAGUUCAAACACAAGGAGGAAGAAUUUAUCUUCAAUUGGACUCAGAAAGUGAUAUUCAACCAUUAGGUAGGGAUCAACUUCCUCUAAAAGAAGUCAUUGCAGGCUAUCGAGAACUUAAGAGAGUCAACGAAGGACAAUUGCAUAGAGAAGAUAUCGAAACUUAAUUUUACACAUUGAUUACCAUAAAUUAUUCAAAUUUAAGUUCUUAAUUCAGUUAAUUAAUUCAAGUUGUUAGAGUAUUAUUUCAUUUUGUUAUAUUUUUGUUAAUCAUGAUUAGAAUUUAGUUUUGUUUAAUCGUAGUACUCAAAAUUGGUUAAAUUUACGUACUAACGAUAUAUUAAUUUAGAAUUUGUUUUCUGCCACAAAUAGCUAUAGUAUAUAUACUAAC